AUGGAAAUCUUCUCUUUGCAGAUGAGUAAUGUUCUUACGGGAGGGCCGGCAGAGGCUCGGAUCUUCCCUUCCCUCGCCUUUCUGGGUCUGGCUUCUCAUCUUUUCUUUAUUCGUCAUCGGAAUGUCGACCGCUUGGUAGGGACAGGCUUUAUUCCAUAUCUUUUCGUCCAAUUUGGGUUUUGGCUAUUGUUGUCCAUCUGGAGUGGUCCUUCCCAGUCAGUGACCUUUCUUUGGCUUGCCAAUGCAGCUUUCUUUGCACCACUAUUUGCUAGCAUCUCUGUCUAUCGUCUGUUUUUUCAUCCAUUAAGAUCAUUCCCUGGUCCUAGAGUGGCGCGGUUAACAACAUGGUGGGGGGUUGGUAAGCUUGCGAUGGGAGAGCAGAGGUACCAACACCACCAUGAGCUACACCGCCGAUAUGGAAAAAUAGUACGGAUAGCACCCAACUACUUGUCCAUCAAUAGCCAAGAAGCUGUUGCGGUCAUUUAUGGCCCUGGUACCAAGUGCGAGAAGUCGAAUACGUUCUACGGCUUACGUGAUGCAAAGAGUCUGCAGCUUGAGACUGAAUUUACGAAACAUCGAGCCCGUAGACCGGCGUGGGACAAGGCCUUGAGCGCCAAAAAAGCUGACUAUCAUGGGGGCCUUCUAGGAUGCGUGGAAUAUGUUCCUAAGCUAUACCGUCUGACCGAUUUGAUGAUUGACUGUAUCACCAAAGCAGACGGGAAAGACGAGAGAGGCGUUCUAAUCAAUCACUGGCUGAAAUGCUUUGUCUUCGAUAUGGUGGGCGAUUUGGGAUACAGCAAAUCAUAUGGAUGUCUAGAUUCUGGCAAAAUUCAUCAAGGACUUUUGGAGGUAGAGAAGUUUUUGGCAACAGGAGUGUUGCUGGCGCCACUUCCGUGGCUAGUGAGAAUCAUAACCAGUCUUCCUGGCUUGCCAGCCCCGAUGCAGGGUCUUAAAGACUUCGCAACACUUAGCUUGGCCGAGCGGAAGGCUGCCAAAAUAGACUCGCCGGACGUGUUGUCUUACGUCUUCCGGGGCAAAAAAACCUUGACCCCCGAGGAAGAAAUCGAGGAUACCAUGAUGUUGCAGAUUGCCGCUGGCGACACGACGCUCUCUGCCUUGACCUUCGCCAUGUAUCAUCUUGCGAUCAAUCCAGAAAUCCAACUCGCCCUUCGCAAAGAGAUUGUGAAUCAUGCAGAUCCCGCCAACUUGGCUUUUGAAGCGUUGCAAGACCUUCCGUUGUUGGAAAGCGUCAUUAAUGAGACCCUCAGAGUCCACCCAGCCGUACCAUCCGGCUUACCACGCUUAACUCCUCCAGAGGGCGUCUACAUUGAAGGCAUACAUAUCCCUGGUAAUACCACCGUCAGCUGUCCAACUUGGACUAUUCAACAUAGCCCCGAAAACUUCACCGACCCAAGCACCUGGAAUCCAUUCCGCUGGAUCGACCACCUAGAAACCCAUAACUCGAAAGCUUUCAUUCCAUUUAGUGUGGGCCCAUUCAACUGUGUGGGUAAAGCCUUUGCUUACAUGGAGAUGAAACAAGUCCUUGCCAGGCUGGUGACUACCUUUGAAUUUCAGCUGGGACCAACGGAAGAUGGAACCAGUCUGAUCAACGAAAGUCAAGACCAUACAGCCAUGGCCUGUGCCCCUUUAUGGUUAAAGAUGAAUGCAAUAGUCCGGAAAGAUAAGUAUGUGGAACCUUGA